AUGUCCAACACUCUCAAAGUCCUGUUCGGCCUCGCGCCUCUUGCGGCAGCCUUCCCUGCCAGUGUCCUAGAAGCUGUCAAGUUCCAUCCGGAACUUCAGGCUCGUGCCGACAAUAUCCUCCAAGAGAGACAGGCUGGUGCCGCUGCUGCUCAGGCUAUAUUUGAGCCCGUGCCUAUCUUCAAUGCUGCAGAGCAGUACGUCAACGUCAGUGCAGGUAGUGGACACGAAUAUGUUGCACCAGGACCGAACGAUCUGCGCGGUCCCUGCCCCGGCUUGAACGCAUUCGCAAACCAUGGCUUCCUGCCGCACAGUGGCUAUGCUACCAUCCAACAAUUCAUCGAUACCACCGAGGAGGUUGUAGGCAUGGGAACUGAUCUCGCUGCCUUCCUCGCGGUUUUGGGUGCCGCUGUUGAUGGCGAUGGCUUGUCGUGGUCGAUCGGUGGCACACCAGGCCCAGGUAUUGGUGGUCCCCUCUCUGGUCUAGGUAAUGGCCUUUCUGGCUCGCACAACAAGUAUGAGAGUGAUGCCUCGCCGACUCGUCCCGAUUUGUACGAGGCUGGUAAUGACUACAAGACUGUUGCUAAGCAGUUCGAGCAACUCAUCAGCGCGUCGCCCGGUGGUCAGGUGACGCUCGAGAGUCUCACUGCCUUCCGCUCACAGAGAUUCGACACCCAGAUCGCCAACAACCCUUACUUCUUCAACGGACCGUUCACCGGUGUGGCAGUGCAGCCCGCAGCAUACACAUUCAUCUACCGUUUCAUGGCCAACCAUUCAGCUGAAGCCCCCUACGGCUACUUGAGCUACGACACAAUCAAAUCGUGGUUCGGCAUUACCGGCAAUCAGGGCUCAUAUGUGGCACACCAAGGCCAAGAGAAGAUUCCCGACAACUGGUACAAACGCGCACUCGCAUACCCUUACUCGAUCCCUUACUUCGCAUCGGAUCUCCUCAACGCUGCACUUCUUCACCCCAAGUUCCUCAACGUUGGCGGAAACCUCGGCAAGACCAACACUUUCACUGGCGUUGAUGUCACCAACCUUACUGGAGGCGUUUACAACGCUGGAGACUUGCUCAAGGGCAACAAUGCCGCUUGCUUCGCCUACCAGUUUGCUGCUCAGGCCAAGCCAGAUGUCGCGCUUAGCGUCUUCAACUUAUUGAACCAGGCUCUGGGAAGCGUCUUGAGUGUAUUGGGCUGCCCGCAGUUGCAGCACGUUGACGAUGCUCAACUCCAGAUGUUCCCAGGAUACCAGAAGAGUACCCAGGCUGGCAUCACCAAGUAA